AUGAAACUCGACGCUAUGUCUGCGUGGGUGUCGCCCACUUCGAUUGCUGUGUCCUGUGUGGCCGCGCUGUUCGUGUACUUGGCGAUACCAUCUGCACACGAUCGAGCUGUGAAGCAUCUACCAACGCCAGAAGGAGACUAUCCGAUCCUGCGCCACACUUUGGAGAUCAUCAAGGCGCAGAAAUCAGGGAAGUUUGUCGACUGGGCACUCAAGUACUGCCGCAAGUACAAGGGCAAACCAUGGAGUCUUCGGAUCGUGGGAAAGUACCCGGCGAUCGUA